UUAUUAGGCACUUUGAAGACCUACCAGCGAGCAGCCUGCGACGAGGAGUCGAUGACGCUCAAGUGUCCAUUAGGUACUACCAUCUCCAUCGUUCUGGCUCAAUAUGGAAGAGCGGGACCAAAUGGUACCGACAGAUGCAAUACCUAUUCAGAACCAUCGAUGUAUCUCGGGGACAGACAAACGAAUCAGACUUGCAUCUGGCCGCAAUCGCUGCAGACGGUGGUGGAAGUAUGUCACAAGAAGAGGCAGUGCAAGUUCAACACCAGUCCGAAAACCUUUCAGGGCGAUCCGUGUCCUGGAUUGCCGAAAUACAUCGAGGUCGCCUAUCAAUGCCGUCCUUAUGAGUUCAGAAGUAAAGUUGCCUGUGAGAAUGAUGUCAUCAAUCUUGUCUGCCAUCCAGGACAGAGGGUUGCCAUUUUCAGUGCAUCGUUCGGUAGAACGGAGUACGAAUCCCUUCAAUGUCCACAACCCCACGACGUAAAGGAGGAAACUUGCAUGGCAUCGUACGCGACAGAAACCGUGAUGAAUUUGUGCCAUGGAAAACGACGCUGUUCGGUGGUUGCAAACAGUUCGACAUUCGGUGAACCCUGUAGCCCGGAAAGCAGAACGUAUUUGAAAGUUGUUUACACGUGUGUGCCAAGGGCGGUUCUGAAAGAACAAUACCAAGGGGACGUGGAAGUGGACGAGGUGGAUCUGAUGCAUCAGUUCGAGGAAGGGUUCGACAGGGCUGACUUCAGAGCUGAGUUCAGCCCUAGCCCUAACCUUGAAGGACCGCAAUCGCAGCCGAGGGACAACGUGUCUCGAAAUUUCCCCACGGUCAGCUCAUCUCCACCUAGGGCAAGAACCAACAACGAUGUGGAUACACGAUCGAACAAGUUUAAGUCAAUCGGUGUAGGAGCGAAAGACUCGCCCCUAACACCCACGGUUAUUCAAGGGAUGAUUAUGUUCGACAACAACGUGGCCGAUAUUACCAGCAGUACGAUGUCACCGAUUAAUUGCACCACGGUAGUCUACGCCUUUCCCGAAGAGGAUCGUGUCGUUGUCGGAUAUAUCAAUGAAUGGAUCAAUGCCUAUUCGUUCAUAUCGAAAAAUCAAGAGAAAUUCUACCUUUAUAUCAUCGUGUCGGUCACAGCCGGUAUUUUAAUCUUCCUGGGCUUGGUAAUUGGACGUCUUUUAGUCAGCCGUCAUCGUGCGAAGAGAGACGCAAAGUUCCAUGCAAAUAACGAAGCGCUUCCAAAUGGAUUCACCGAUGACAUUUCGGAAAUUGACGCUGAUAUUGAUCUUACCACGCCAGUACCAGUUCCGAUGCAAGACACAAGGCUUCCAGAGACCCAGCUGGCCGAGAGGCUCCACGGCGAUCGUUACUACGCGGAAACAAGGAUACCUAUGUCGCCCACCACGAUGCAUCCAGCGCCAGGGCAUUACCCUGGCAACACAGGUGUCAGGGUGGACCUGGGCAACCAUAUGGUAGGCACGGACAGUCUUCACACGAUUCUACGCCCAGAAAAUCCACGGAGUUUGAGCACGAAGAGCUAUUACUACGGCUGACAGGAGGAAGGGGGGGUUGUCCCGCGCGAGGGGCGGCCCCCGUCCUUGAGCCCGGUACCGGAAGUGAGCACGCGGAAGUACUGCUUUUAAUCCAGAGACCGAUUUUCUAACGGCGUACGAAGCCGCUGUAAAAGACAAGACGAUAUUAAAAGACAAUCGAUAUCAACGGGCGAUACUCGUUGUCGAUCGAAAUCGUUGUUUCCUCGAGCGAAAGUCAAGAGAUCUUCGUCCUGGUACCGAAAAUGAGCAUGUGGAGGUGACGCAUUUUUUUUUUUUUUUUUAUUUCUUUUUUUACUUUUCUUCCAACUCUUGGAAUUCUCGAGCAAAAAAUUCGAUGAAAAAUUCGAUUUCACGCGAGAGAAAACGAGAGAGAGAGAGAGGGGAGAAAGAAUCGUGCUACGAUUCUGUUCCCUGAGAUUAUUUCAAUUGGAAAUUUUCGAGAGGAAUAUUCGUGGCCGUAUGCUUUCACUGCAGGAAGCGAUGUAUUUGAUCCCUAUAAAUCAAUAGCACGAAACGAAUGGAAAUUUAGUUGGAUUCUGAGCGUUGGAAGUGGACAAACUUGUUAUCUCUCGCUGCGAAAUCGUUUCACGCGUGCCUGUAUCCGACACCGGAAGCGAAUGAGAGCUCGGCCAACGAGGCGGGAAAUCUAACGAGAGCGUUGUAAAUACAUCGUCGAGGGUUUCGAGCUAUUUCUAUGGAAAUUCUGAGAAAUAUCUCGAAAAUACCCCGAUCGAAUAGGGAUAUUAAGAGAACUUCUAUUGUUUGUUGAAGAUGAUGUUAUUGAAGAUAGUAUUGUUUUUUCAUAAGAAACUGCUAUUAUAUAAGGCUGGAUAAUCGAAUAGAAAGUAUAUAAAUAUACGUUGAAUGUAAACGAAGAAAAUAGAAAAAUUUAUGAAGGCAGUGUUCGUUCUUGCGACCAAUACCGGAAAUAAAUAUUUACGACACCGUCAAAGAUGCGUAAAUGAUUAAUUAAUUGUAAUUAGAUUUUGAUAUCUAAACGAUAGAAUUUAUUGGAAAAGUGUUAUGAAAUAUGAAGGAUAAGGAAUGAAAUAAUAAUCGAUAUUAGAGAUAAAAAGAUAAUUCGUGAUGUUAAUCAUUAAAUUCUGAUGUUUUUG